GCACAGCUACAUCUCGAGGGCAGAUUAAGGGACCGCUUCUGGAAGCCUCGAUUUCCCUGUUUGUAAAGUACAGCCGAGGUGCCCAGCCGCUUGGACCCCUGGACCUUGGCUCCUCCCCACGGGACAGGCUUGGCUGCACCUCCUGGCUGGGGGAGAAGGGGGCUGUGUGGAUAAAGGAGAUCAUGCAGGCUGAGCCCGUGGUCACCUAUCCCUGCAGCUGGCCUUCGGUGAGCGUGGCCUGCCCCUUCCAUGGCCCAGGAGAUUCAGCCCAGAUGCAGCCCCACCCUGCCUCCUCUGCUGGUGGCGGCCUGGUCCCUGCCUGGGCAGCCGUCCUGCUCAUGCCGCUGCCCCAGCAGGUCCAGUUCAAGAGGGUCCAGUGGGCCUGUGCACACGCCCAGCAGCGGCUUCCCCAGUCCCGGAAUAUCGAGCGAGAACAGGGAGGGAUGCCGGGGGAGUGCAUGGUGCGCCAGGGAGGGGGUGGCUUCACCCUGCGCUUCCUGCAAGAGGCCAUCGCCCAGGACGGGGGACGGCUGCAGCAACGGCUGCGAGGAGCCCGCUGUUUCAUGCAGGUUCCUCGGCAUGUACGUCAGGGCUUUGAGUCCUCGGCAUCAAGUGACAACAAGGGCCGUCCCAACGCCAUUCAGUCUGCGGAAGGCUCAGCGCGGCCCCCGUGGAACCUGGACAAAUGUCACCCCCAGGUGACAGCCGAGGACAGCAAUGUGCAGACACAUAGCUCUCACGGCGCCCUUUCCCGCGUGGGGCCGGGUCCGGAGUGCACAGUCAGCUGUGUCCGAGCGGCAACGGGCCGGCCAAGGUCACCCGUCCUCGCAGACAGCCCGCUUCUCACCCCCUGGUAUUCUCAGCAUAAAGCCGGAGACGAGAGAAGAGAGCCGUUCGUCAGCGUUCCUGCGGAAUAUGAACUUGAGUUUCUCCUCCCAGACUUCGUCCCUGCACGGGGCUGCGGAGACCGCAUCCGAGACAUUCCUGUGGCACUUCUGACGGUGUUCAAACCGAGCAGCUCUGGGACCCUGCUAGAAAGGGCCCCAGAGGCGGCUGUGAGCCGCCAGCAGCCAAAGGAAAGGAGCCACGAGGAGAUCCCGCAGGAGCUGCUCAGCUCUCUGACCCUGACAUCCGAGCUGGGGGUGGGGGCACAGAACGGCCCUCCAUCGUGGACCUCCGUGGACUUGGGGCAGCCAGCUCAGAUGCACCGAGGGGCAGAGCCCCCAGCAGGGGGUCAGAAUGCUGUCCCCGCCGUGAGAGGAGCGCUCUGCGGAGAUGACGGACAUCACCUGCUCCAGCGGGCAUGUGACAUAUCCCUGCCUGUCCUGGUGACCGGCGCCACCCUGUCGUCCACUCAGGAGCCCCUCGAAAAAUCCCUGCCCCUGGCCCCCACUGAACCUCCGGACACCGUCCACAGCGUCUCCACCAUUUUACACCCUCACCAACAGGGCACAGGCCUCCAGCUUAGCUGUGGUCCUGACCGCAUCCACAGCCCAGACUCCAGCAGCGAGCCGGGUCUGGUGCUGAUGACCAGCACAUCCUGGGAAAGUGGACAAACAGUAAACAUGGGGGACAGCCAGGUGUCCGCACAGCUCCUCAUUCAAGGGGGCUACUGCCGACGAUAA